AUGACACUAUCCCUCCUCAAAUCCAACAAUGGUCAGAGAUCCCGCCUGCAGAAAUACUUCAUGGAAGAUAUUCGCGAGGAUCUAUUAUUAGAAUGCGAGUUGCUAUUGUUAUCUUUCGCAACAGGAAUCCAAGACGCGGCCGCUUGGCCUGAUUAUUCCUGUUUUGCGUCAAACCAAACGGGAAACACACUCUUCCUAGCCAUCGGUGUUGCAGGCCUCACACGAAACGCAUACAGCUUCUCUAAUAUUGGCAUCAGUCUCAGUCUCUUCGUUGCCGGGGGCUUUGUGAUGGGCCAAAUUGGCAAUUAUGUUGGCGUACGGCGACGAAUCUGGCUCUUGAUUAGCAAUCUCAUUCAAACACUGCUAGUCUUUUGUGCUCUGAUUAUUCAACACUUGUGGCCCGUCAGACGUGAUGGUCCCGCUGCGAUGGCGGUGAUCGCCUUGUUGGCAUUUUCAUCUGGUGGACAGGUUGCUAUGAGCCGAUCCUUGAAGAUCACUGAAAUUACAACGGCGAUGGCUACGGCAGCCUUCGUGGAUAUCGUUGUAGAUCCAGACUUGGGCAAGCUGAAGAAUAGGCUUCGUAAUCGCAGAGUUGCCUUCAUCUUCAUGCUCAGUGCUGGCUGUUUUGUUGGGGCUUUUGCACAACGAGAGGUUAAUUCCAAAUUUCCUAUCUUGCUGUGUGCAUUGGGCAAGGCAUUGGUCAGCAUGGCAUUUUUCUUCAAUCGAGCUGUCGAUCCAUUGGAUUCCCACGCCGACUCUACGGAAAAUCUGAAGGUUUGA